CGUCACUCCGAAACAGCAUGAAAGCCCCAAGAGCAUGCCUGCAAUGCCGAUCCUCUAAACGAAAAUGCACUCGCCUCGGCCCAGGUGAGCCCUGCAAUGCAUGUCAGCAGCGAAGAAUCGAAUGUAGUGCCGAUUUGCGAAGGCAAAACCCGGUGGGAGUGAACAGCGAGCCAAAUCCCGAGCCGGUGGUGGUUCUCAGCGAAGAAGAGCAACCUCGCAAUGAGCCUGUCCGACAUCAUCACCCAACCUUGGACCCAUUUCAAAUCCCCUGGGAGAUCACUGUGGAGCUGGUUGACCUGUAUCUCGCCAAGGUCCACGAUAGACCGCACAGCAUCUUCCACCCGGCGACAUUGCGGGCCCAGGUGCGCAAUGGCACCGUGGGGAAGGCCUUACUGUACGCCGUCUGCGCCCUCGGGGUCAAGUUCUCCUCAUACCCGGACCGACGCGACCUGGAAGCGCGGCUGACCGGGGAGGCCAAGCGGCUGCUCCAAGCCGACCUUGAGAAUGUCUGCCUCGAGAACAUGCAGACCUGCAUCCUGAUUGCGACCCUGAGUGCGGGAAAUUGUGAGCCAUCUUCGGAGGCACUCUUCGUUCGAAUCGCCACCUCAAUGGCCGAGAUCAUGUCGCUCGACUCCUCCCCAGCGAUGAACGGAUCCCUCAUCACGCGCGAAACCGUCCGCAGAGUCUGGUGCUCACUCUACGUGGCGGACCGCUGGUGUUCCUCGGGGCUCGGUCUCCCCCGUCACAUGGACGAAUACAGCAAGCCCUACGGGCUGCCUAUUGACGAGAUCACCUUCCAGUCUCUACCACCCGACACGAGCAACGAUUCAGAAGCGCCGCCGCCGACAGUACACCUCGAACCUACCAUAUUGAAACUCGGCCUCUGGGCGCACAUGGUGUCGCUGGUGCGAUUCUUCGGCCCGAUUCAGGACCUUAACCGUCAGGCCGCUCGCGGCUGCACCGACACCGUCGAACUGGACCAGGAGGUCCAGGACUUAGGCGGACAGCUCGAAGCGUGGAACAAGAUGCUCCUCGCCGAGACGCAGAUGACGGUACCCAACCUACACAGUCACCAGCAGUCCGGACGGGGGGGACUCUUCAUUGCUCUGCACCUGGCGUAUCACCAUUACUCCACCCUGCUGUACUUCCGUUUCCUCGAGGACGACCAAACCCAUACCCAAAGCCACCACCGCACGCAAGCCCCUUCAUCCAAGCCAUCAUCCCAUAACUCCCGCACCUACAUCCGCCGCUGCAAGCACCACGCCUCCUCCUUCAGCAACCUCCUCCACCUCGCCCGGCAAAUCAAGGGCUGCGAAAACAAUUACCCGACCAUCGGCCACAUGACCACCGUCUCCUCCUCCGUCCUCCUCCACACUCUCCUCCUGGGCGACCCGACAGAACUCGAGGGCGCGCGCGCCGCGCUGAAUGCCAAUUUUGAGGUGUUGAUCGAGCAACAGCAGUUCUGGCCAAACACGAAAGCCAUGAUCAACAGACUAAUGACCUUCCAAAACAUCUGCCUGCUCUCCACAGAAUCUCACAAAUUCGACGGCUGGAUGGUCCGGUGCAUCCUCGAGCACUCCCGCGCACUGGGCCAGCGCGAGCUGCCGUGCGUCCCGGCCAAUGUGUUGCUAGAUGUGGAGUCCGAGAGUAUGGCGCUCAAGGCGAGAGAGUGGAUGGAGCAGGGUAGGUAUAUGGAUUUUGAGGCUUCCACAGUAACAAGCCGGUAGUGCGGUGCGUGCGGUACGAGAAAUUUGCUUUCCGCCCCACCCCCGUAAAACAAGGCCUUCAUAUCCUCAAUUUUCGUGUAAGAACUAGAUGUGCUACUUCCGAAGCCCUAGAUUAACCCUCGAUGCUGUCCGGCAUCCAACGUUCCUGGCGUUCCUGGUUGUAUUUGUAUAUACUUACCGGGAUGACACCUAGCUUGGCUGCUACUGCUAU